AUGCUGAAGUUAUCUUCAACUAGUGCGACGAAUGGCACUCAUAUGACAGCCGACCCGCUAAAUUUGAUUCAUGUCGCAGCGGAUUUUAAGGACAAGAUCGUGUUUGAUGGACUGCUGUUUCGUCUUGAGAUUGAUGAAGAUGGAUCAGAAAUGGAUGUCAAAUCUCCCUCCCUCGGGCCAUACCAUGCCCUCAUAGGGGCUUCGACUGUGGCAUUUGCAUUCGGUCUUAUAUCUGCACUUUGGCAGCAUAUCAACAGCAGCGCUACGGCUUCUAUGGCUGAAACUCUCAAUUACGGUCUAGUGACCGGUCACGUUGGACCCGCAGCAAUGGCACUUGCGUGGAUUGGAGUAGCACUGAUUGGUCUGGUUGCCUUUGGGUUUCUGAUUAUGCUCAUCAGUAUUCGUCUUCUUAAAAAUCUGACUGAUGAUGAGUGA